AAAAAAGUUGCAAGCUUUAUUUUGACUACUCGAACAGCACUAGAGAGAAACUGAGGAAAUAAAACCCCCAAAAAAAAAUACGAAGAAGAAGUAGAAGAGAAGAUGAGUAGCAUAGGAACUGGUUACGAUCUAUCAGUUACAACAUUCUCUCCUGAUGGUCGCGUUUUCCAGAUCGAAUACGCAUCCAAAGCUGUUGAUAACAGCGGUACUGUAAUUGGAAUUAAAUGCAAAGAUGGCAUAGUUUUGGGUGUAGAGAAAUUGGUAGCAUCGAAGAUGAUGUUGCCUGGUUCAAAUCGCAGAAUACACGCUGUUCAUCGUCAUUCUGGCAUGGCUGUGGCUGGAUUAGCUGCUGAUGGGAGGCAAAUUGUUGCUAGGACAAAGGCUGAAGCAAUCAACUAUGAAAAGACGUACGGGGAAGCUAUACCAGUGAAGGAACUUGCUGAGCGUGUUGCUAGUUACGUCCAUCUUUGCACACUUUACUGGUGGAUGAGACCUUUUGGGUGUGGAGUUAUCCUUGGAGGUUAUGACAGAGACGGUCCACAGUUAUACAUGGUUGAACCGUCUGGCAUUUCCCACAGGUAUUAUGGAGCUGCAAUCGGAAAGGGUAGGCAGGCUGCUAAGACGGAGAUUGAAAAGUUGAACCUUUCUGAAAUGUCAUGUAGGGAGGGGAUUGUUGAAGUUGCUAAGAUUAUCUACAGCGUGCAUGAUGAAGCAAAGGAUAAGGCUUUUGAGUUGGAAAUGAGCUGGGUAUGUGAUGAGUCGAACCGCCUACAUCAGAAGGUAACCUUCUCAAUC